AUGGACGAGACGGAAAGUCAGCAUUGCUCUGUUCCAUCUUCGCGAGUAACUCCGCGUGCCAGCUGCACCUCGAACAAGUCGUCUGCGCCAACGGCUGCGACCCAGAACAAGCGUUUUGGUGCUAUUUCCCCGUCCUCCCUCUCCUCCCUCCGCUCCCUCCUCUCCCUCUCCCUCUUCUCACACACCCCAUUGCCCGGCUUUGGAACCAUGGCGGAUUUCUUCCCCACUAAAGAGCUCUUCAUGACAAAACUCUUUGGAGCGGUCAUCGGGCUAAUUGGCAAGCUCAACUACACCGUCAAGAUCAAACCUGGAGCAUCGCUCUUUGGAGCGGUCGUCGGGCUGAUCGGCACGCUCAACUACACUGUCAACUUUAAACCGAACAAUGAAGCGUGCUAUAACGGACCAAAGGCCCUCCCAGCAACCACCCUCUGCUGCGACCCAUUAAAGGUCCCCCGAACGUGUCCUCGCGGCACCGUCAGCUUCAAGGAGAACCCCGAGUUCCGCCCGUUUGUGGGCCGGCAGAUCGACAGCAAGGGUUGCACUGAGAACCCUUCCCUUGCUAUGCUCGGAACGGCACCUGAUGCGGGGACUGCAGGGAAGAAAAGCGCUGGUGGUGGUGGUGGGCGAGGGAGUGGGGCCGUGUUGGGGCUUGUACUGAGCUGGUUGGGAGUGUGGCUGGCGUGGGUAGGGUUGUGA